AUGGCGACCGCAGGCAGGGCUGUGCAGCUGCUGCUGCUAGUCGCAGUGGCUUGCCUGCGGCUGGCGAGCGCCCUGGACGUUCCCAAGAUCACCUCGCUCUCCACCUACUACGGCAGUCUCGCUGGUGGCACCAGGCUGAUCAUCCGAGGCGAGAACAUUCCUGGUGACCUCUACACGACGGUGGUCCGGGUCUCAAUUGGCGAGCUGCCCUGCCACGUCAUCGACUACUACACGUCCUCCAACCAGGUCGUGUGCGACACCUCCCCGUCCCUCGUCGCGGGCAAGUUCCACGUCAAGAUCACCGUCAGCUCGAUUGACGCCGUGACGCGGGCGGAAAUCCCAGGCCCUAGCUCCCCCCUCUUUUGGGGCUUCGAGUAUGCGUCGUGGCACACCCCGUACCUCGAGGUCGUCCAGCCCGGAAGCCCGUCGCCCGGCGGGGAGCUCGUCCUGCUGGGCGACAACCUCGAGAUCACGAGCUCGGAGCCGCCCGUGGACGAAAUCGAGUUUGUCAAAGUCGGCGAAACGCUCUGCAGCCUCGACCCGUUCCCCGGCGACUGGACCCUGGACGGCAACGGCACGCUCGGGACCACGUACGACGCCACCAGGUCGCUGCACUUCGUGCGGUGCGAGCUCGGCGGAGAGGACGACCCCGUCGGCGGCGCAGGGGGAGUGAAGAACGUGACCCUGCGCGUCAACGGCCCGGGCUCGAACCCGCGCGGCGACGCGCUCGUCAAGCCCGAGUUCCUGCAGAGCGACGUCGAGGGCCUCCCCUUCUUCCUCGAGGUUGCCCCCGAGGUCCACUCGAUCCAGCCGCCCACCGGGUCUCUCGCGGGCGCCACACUGCUGCGCAUCACCGGCAAGGGGUUCCCGCGCAUCGACCGGACCCCGCGCGAGCCCGAGGGCGAGCCGCUGACGUGGAAGGAGCCCGUGCGCGUCCUCGUCGGGGGCGUCGACUGCGUCGUGCAGCAGUCGUCGUACUCGGAGAUGCUCUGUCUGACGCGCGCCGCAGGAGCCUCGCCGUCGCGCCCGCCCGCCGUCCGCGGCCUCGUCCCCGGCGGCCGCGGCAUGCAGACGUGGACCUGGAGGGGCGUCUCGGGCUCCAAGCGCAGCAGCCUCUCGAGCUCGUCCGCCAAGGCGAUAUACCUAGACGCAGCGACGGGCGCGCUGGCCAGCGACCCCUCGUGGGGCGCCCCGGCGGUCAACCGGACGGCGCUCGGCCCGUUCUCGAACCGCUUCAUCGACGACGACCGCACCAACGACGACUACCUGCUCGACGUGCAGCGCGCGUUCUUCGAGGUCCCCGCCAACGGCACGUACAACUUUCUGGUGUCCAGCGACGACUGGUUCGAGCUCUUCGUGGAGCGCGCGAACCGGACGACCGGCGAGGUCGUCACCGAGAACGUCGCCUCGUCGCGGUCGUACUCGUCGUACAACGACUUCAAGUACCGCAGCGCCGACGUCAACCUCACGCGCGGCGAGAACGUGCUGCUCUCGCUGGCGCGCCACCAGGGGUCCGGCGCCGAGCACGGCCGCGUCGGCGUCGAGAUGCCGUCCGACGUCGUGCUCCCGGACGCCGUGCCGAACCAGCAGCGGCUGGAGGUGGUCGUGGAACGCUACGGCACGCUCCUGGAGAUGAACGUCACGGCCGCGGACUCCACGUUCGUCGCGCCGUUCUGCCUGCAGCGCAUCGACGACCGCGCGAGCCAGUCGGACCUGCUGAACGUCCUGGUGAUCCCCACCCUGAACACCACCAACAACAACAUUGAGAGCCAGCUCUCCAACUGGUUCGACCGCGUGUCGGACAACGACCGCCCGUCCCGCGUGCACGUCGAGCGGACCUCGGCGAACGGCACCACCGAGAUGCGCAUCUACGUCGGUUUCCGGUACUACGAGACGGCAGUGGAGACGUACUUUUACAACCCUGUGUGCGCCGAUACCGCGGGCCUGGGCAGCUACACGGUCACGCAGCGCACGCGCGCGGGCAUCCAGGACCUGCAGGCGUCCGACACCAUCACGAUCUCGUGGCCGGGCGUGAGCUUCGGCGACAACAACGAGACGACGCUGUCGGGCGAGCCGACGGUCGGCGAGCUGCGCACCGCGCUCGCGGGGCUCGGGUUCGGCCCGGGCCUGCGCCUCGACUUCGAGGACUCGAACAACCACUGGUACUGGGAGCGUUUCGGCAACGCCAACGCCGAGGUCGUCCAGCACGUGCGCAAGUCCUACUACCUGACCAUUCGGUUCGAUCCGAUCGCGGUGCCGUACGUGCUGGCGCCGGCGAACAUCACGGCGACGUCGAACUUCACCAACGUGCUGAGCACGCAGACCACGGUGCUAUCGACGUUCAGCUCGCGCCGGCAGCUGCUGCCGAUCCCGGGCUACAUGCUGCGCGCCCCCGUGCCCGUCGUGUCGCCGGAGAACACGAGGACGGGCUCCGACGUGCUCACCUACGUCAACAAGGCGCUCGCGACGUGCGGCAACGCGACCGCGCCCUCGGCGAACUGCCGGUUCGAGUACGCGGCGUCUGCGACGCCGAGCGUCACCACCGUCUCGCCCGCGCAGGGCACCGUGGGCGACGUGGUCACGAUCGCGGGGACGGGCUUCAGCGCCACCGCGGCGGACAACUCCGUGGUCAUCGGCGGCGCGGACUGCCUCGUCACGGCCGCGACGACCACGCAGCUCACGUGCACCGUCCAGGCCGGCGGAGCCGCGGGGCGCCACCCCGUGCGCGUCGGCGUGAAGGGCAAGGGCCUCGCGCAGCUCCCCACGUCGGGCACCGCGGGCUCCUUCAGCCUCCGGAUCCUCAACAUCCAGUCCUUCACGCCGCAGUCGGCGACCGCUAUGAGCCGCUUCACGCUCCUGAACCUGAACGGCUCGGGCUUCGACGCCGGCAACUGCCUCCGCCACAACGUCACGGUCCGCGGUAGCGGCGUCGAGGCGCCGUGCCACCUGGUGUCGUGCACGGCCACUAGCCUGGCGUGCCUCCUGGACCUGUCAAGCAUGCCCGUGGGGAGCAACCGCAGCGUCGCGGUGACGCUCACGGGCGAGGUCGAGGACAAGCACCCGAUGGAGGCCUUCUUCCGUCGCCGCCUGGCCGCCGCGAGCGAGUUCACGGAAACGUUUGUGGCGUACGGGUUCAACACGACGCUCUCGACGGUCGACCCGAGCUUCGAGUCCGCGACGCCGUACUCGUUCGCCGCGGAGAUGUUCGCGCCCGGCGUGCUGACGCCGCUGAACAACUACGCGGCGCCGCCCAGCGAGAACGCGCUGCCGGGCACCAACGCCACGGUGGCCGUCGUCACCUGGGGCCUGAACCUCAAGAACGUGACCGGGCUGUACAUGAUGCCCGCGGAGCCCGUGCUCGCGACGCGCAACCUGACGCGCAACGUGGGGGCGUUCAAGAACAUGCCGUGGCAGAAGGCGCGCGUGCCGGUGAAGCUGCAUCCGCUCUCGGGCAACUACAGCUGGCUCAAGACGACCAAGUUCCUGCAGUUCUCCUCGUGCCUGAACGGGACGAACUCGACCGCGAACGCCACGGCGAACUCGACGUCGCUCAACUCGACCUCGAACAACGCGACGAGCGUGACGCCGUGCACGGCGGGGCCCACGACGGUGAUCAACAACACGGUGUUCGCGGGCGGCAACCAGACGCUCGUCGAGGUCCCGCUCCUCGAGAUCGGCAAGUGGCUCCUGACGGCGCACCUGAGCGACGGCCGCAUCGUGGCCGCUCCAACAGUCUUUGAACCACAAAUCGAGGUGCGAAAGAUAGCGCCGGUGAGAGGGAGCAUCAACGGCGGCACGGUCCUCAAGGCGGACGGCUGGGGCUUCGCGUCGCGGAACAACAGCCGCGGGGACCUCGAGUCGGUCGUCUUCGUCGCGGUUCCCGUCUCAACGACGUAUCCCUCGGGUCAGAUCGAGUGCCUGGUGGACCACUCCAAGUCGAACGACCACGAGCUCUACUGCACGACGCAGCGCCACUGCGCGAAGAACUCGGACGCCAACGACCCUGGCGCGGUUCGGAACUGCCAGUUCCUGCCCACCAGCAAGGGUCUGUUCGAGGCCGUGUCGUGCGGCGACAACCUGCACCCGCUGCGCCGCCUGCAGUGCUGGGGCUGGGACGAGACCCUGCGCUCGCACUGCAACGGCACCACCGACGACGCCUGCCGCUACAGCUACACGACGGCCGAAACCCCCCUGGCACGCAACAUCGAGGCGGACCUGCCGCCGCCGUCCGCGGGGAUUUACGGCGCGCCGGUCACGUACGGCGGCCUCGUCGCGAACAUCACGGGCGCGCGCCUCCGCAGCGACUCCCGCGUGUACAUCGAGGACAACAACGGCAAGAAGCACUUUGCCACCACCACGUUCAUCAACCAGGGCCGAAUCGAGUUCAUCGCGCCGGACCUCCCGGCCGGCCAGUACGGCGUCGGCGUCCUCUCCGCCGUCGGCGACGCCCUCAUGGGCCCCACGGGGCGCGGCAUGAACAUCGCCUACGCGGCCAUCGUGACGUCCGUUGAGCUCAAGUCGCCCGCCGCGGGCCAGAACGCCUCGCGCCCGACGGGCUCGAUCGCCGGCGGCACCACGCUCGUGGUGAACGUGACGGGCGCGGGCUUCUCGGGCGGCGAGGACGGCGCGCGAAUCGCGCAGAUCCUCGACAGCGGGUACGGCAUUUGGGAUCCGGAGGCGGCCGCGCGGUGGGCGCGGCUCAACGUGCUGAACCGCCUGACGAUCGCCGGGUCGCCGUGCCGCCUGACGCGCGCCACGCGGUGGUCGGCGGAGUGCGUCACGACCGCCAUCGCCGGCAAGCUCGCGCAGUCGUACUACGCCAACACCAUCGGAGAUAGGGAAUUCCCGAACUUCGCGCGCAUGCAGCCGCUCCUGCGGUACACGGUCGACUCGCUCAACAUCUACUGGGGCUCCGGCGCCCCGCAGGGCGCCGUCCAGACGCAGUAUUUCGGCACGGUGACCGAAGGCUUCCUCCACGUGCGCACGGCAGGCACGCACCGCAUCCGGCUGGACUGCGACGACCGCUGCCGGCUCGUCCUCGGCGGCUCGGCGUUCGGCGGCUCGGGCGUCUGGAGCUCGGAGUUCGACGUCAACCUGUCUGCCGGCUUCAUUUCGCUGCGACUGGAGUAUUACGAAUACACCGGGACGGCGCGCAUGCGCAUGCGGUGGAGGGAGCCCGGCGCGAGCGGCCUCGUGGACAUUCCGACCGACCGGCUGUACACGGCGCAGCCGGGCGCGUCGACGACGCUGUCGCUGGUGAUUGGCGGCGUGCCCAGCGCACACCGGUGCGCGUCGGGCGCGUGGAGCUCGCCCGCGGGCGUGGAGCUCGAGGCGCUGUCGAACUCGCGCCGCGCGCUGAAGCAGGCCAACACGGUGAACGAGCUCUGCCAGUACAUGUACUCGGCGACGCUCACGCCGCGCGUGACGGGCAAGUACCUGGGCUCGUUCACCGCCGACGAAGUGGCCCUGGCGCUCAACCGGACGUCCGCGCAGGACGUCGAGAGCGCGCUCUUCGCGUCGCCGCGGCGCGAGCGGGGCAGCACGUACCCGGACCUGGAGCGCACGACAGACAAGGUGAUCCUGUUCGGCGAGAAUCUGAAUUUGACGACUGCGCCGCGCAUCCUGGUCAAUGGGACGUUCGAGUGCGUGGUGCGGGGCGUCUCCGAGCACGCCGUCGUCUGCGACCCCCCCGCGCUGGCCUGGUCGUCCUGGUCGGGCUUCGACCGCGAGUUCGACAUGGACUAUGAAAUCGCGCCGUACUAUCACCCGCAUGGAUAUGCAUCCUUCGCGGAGCGCUGGUACAACACGAGCAGCGACGAGGACCGGGCCGUCAAGCUCCUCCGGUACGACUUCGAGGUCUACGACAUCUACGACGAGGCGGACACGGGCUCGAACCGAGGGGGAACGCAGUACCUCCGCGCUUCGGCGUUCGGGCUCCCGGGCUUCGUCAACCACUCGAUGGACGCGAUCCGGAGCUUCCCCGAGGACUUCCUGGGCCGGACGGACUUCGGCGACAGCUUCGACCUGCCGUUCGAGACGACGCAGCGCGUGCUGCGGGCGCCGGGCAGCAUCAACGCGUCGACCACGCCGACGGCGCCGCAGCGCCUGCCGUGGUUCCGCCAGCCGGGCCGCGGCCUCGAGCGCACGUUCAUCGCCGACAUGGACUGGACAUCCUACCCCUGCGCGAUCAACUACACGAUGACGACCACCACGGAGCUCGUGUGCACGCCGUCCUGGGCCGGCUACACCUCGAGCCGCCGCGUGCGCGCGCGGUACUUCCCCCCCUUCCGCCGCUACAGCUCUUCCUUCGGGUACAGGGAGACGAACGACCGGAGCAGCAACACGUUCCGCUUCACGUCGUCGCUGACGCCGGCCGCGCAGCUUGCCAACGACUCCCUCGUGCUGCCCCCGCAGCUGACGGCCCCGCUGCUCCUCAACAUCACGGUGCCCCCCGCGGACUUCGACGCUGGGUACUACGUCGAGCUCAUCCUCGACCCGGAGUACGACGAGACGGUGUUCUCCGGCACCGCCGCGCCGUUCGUGUUCGUGGACCCCAAGCCCUUCGCGUGCGACUCGGCGACCGUGUCCAACGUCACCGGCGACGCCGUGAACGAGCUCCAGGUGUCGUGCAACGUCCCGGCGCUGCCCGCCGCCAAGUACGAGGCCAAACUCUUUGCCUUCAACAAGACGGCCGUUCCGGCGGUGAGCUACGCCGAGGACCCGGCGACGUUCCAGAUCACGUCGACGUCCUUCAUGCGCACGCCCGUGUACGGCGCCGCGGCGCCCGUCGCCGUGCGGGUGAACCUGGAGGUGAGUUCGAUCAAGAUCCAGGCGGGGCAGUUCCUGUUCUCGACCGACACGGACCUGCGCGGGUCGACCGCCGGAGGGCUCAACCUGACCGUGUUCGGCGCGGGCUGGGACCUCGACGCGAGCAAGGUCACGGUGCUCGUCGCCAACGACACGGCGAAGAUCGUGUCGGUCUCGCGCACGCAACUGACCUUCACCACGCCGGCGAACCCCGCCGGCACGCACAACAUCACGCUGUACACCACGCACGGCACGCCCGGCGUGGUCAUCGGCCAGUUCAUCGCGGACGUGGCGCGGACGCCGACCAUCGUCAAUGUCGACCCUCACCGGGGCACUAGCCAGGGAGGGACGCGCAUCAACGUGUGGGGCACGAUGCUCACGAACACCGACUUCGUGACCAUCGGGGACGACAUCCCGUGCUUCGACCUCACGAUCUCGAACGACACGCACAUCACGUGCCGCGUCAGCAAACCGGCCAGGCUGCCUGCGGGUCCGCAGCCGGUGAUGGUGCACGUGUCGGGCGCCGGGUUCGCCCGGCGCGUGCCGUCGUCGUCCGCCACGACGUUCACGACGUACCAGUACGUCGACCUCUGGUCGCGCCUCAGCACCUGGGGCGGCAAGCUCGAGAACAAGCCCGUGGAGGGCGACAGUGUGUUUGUGCCGGCGAACCAGAACGUCGUGCUCGACGAGAGCCCGCCGCGGCUGCGGCUCAUCGUGCUCGAGGGCAACCUCGACUUCGACACCGAGGCGGUCCGCACGGGCAAGCACAUCCACCUCCAGGCGGACUACAUUCUGAUUCUGGGCGGCACCAUGUCGGUGGGGACGCACGAGGAGCCGUUCCCGGGGCAGGCGACCAUCACGAUGCACGGGCACCCCGUGGACACGCAGGAGCUCCCCGUGUACGGCAGCAAGGUCAUCGCGGUGCGCGAGGGCGAGCUCAUCAUGCAUGGCAAGCCCAAGUACCCUACGUGGACGCGCAUGGUCGCGACCGCGAACCCGGGGGACACGCAGAUCACGCUCGAGUCGCACACCAACUGGCAAGUCGGCGACGACCUGGUGCUGGCGUCGAGCUCGAUCAUCGCGGGCGAGCAUGACGAGGUGAACGUGACGGCCAUCACCAACAACACCGACGGCACGUCGACGGUGACGGUGUCGCCCGCGCUGCGCUACACGCACCUCGGCGUCGUCACGGACCUCGACGGCAACGUCAUCUCGCCGACGCCCAAGGGCUACGUCGACCACGCGUCGCACCUGCUCGACCACCGGUGCGAAGUCGGCGUGCUCACGCGCAACGUGGUGUUCCAGGGCGACGAGAGCAGCUCGCGGUUCCAGUUCGGCGCCCACAUCCUGCAGCACACGCACGGCGCCAUGCGUUCCAGCAUCAUCGCGCGCGCCAGGGACCCGCAGGUGUACCGCCAGCAGUACGGCGGGGUCGGCAACCUCGGGAAGCGCGCGCCGAUGACGGUGAGGAACAUCGAGGUGCGGCGCGCGGGGCAGGCGUUCCGUCUCGGGCGGUACCCGAUCCACUUCCACCUCCAGGGGUCGACGAACUCGACGAUCGAGGGCAACGCCAUCCACCACACGUUCAACCGCGCGCUGACGGUGCACGGCUCGCACGGCGUGGCGGUGCGGGACAACGUGGCGUUCAACAACAUGGGCCACGCGUUCUUCCUCGAGGACGGCAUCGAGGUCGAGAACACGUUUGAGCGCAACCUGGCGAUCUUUACGCGACGCUCGUGGGCGAUGCUGAACACGGACACCACGCCCGCGUCGUUCUGGAUCACCAACCCGCUCAACUACUACUACGGCAACGUCGCCGCGGGCUCCCUCGGGUACGGGUUCUGGUUCCGCAUGCUCACGAACCCGGAGGGCCCGUCGCGGAACAACGAAGUCUUCCCGAAGUUCAUGCCCCUGGGCGACUUCGCGAACAACACCGCGCACUCCAACCUGUUCUACGGCGUCCGCGUCCACCCGGAGUGGUACCCCUCCGCGACGCCGAGCAACCAGCGCGCCCGCGUGGACUGCAUGGGCAAGGGGUGCGGCGGCUCGAGCGCGUCGCACUCGGUGCCCGCGGUGCUGCGCGAGCAGCGGUCGUACAAGAACGGCGUGAAGGGCGUCGUGCUCACGCAGGUCGGCCUCGUGCAGCUGGAGAACAUGACGGUCUUCGACAACGGCGCCGGCCCGAUUGCCCACAAGAUCAACGGCAAGGACCACGGCGGCGGCAUCGAGUUCACGUGGGUGGUGGACUACCGCAACCACGUCGAGAUGCGCGAGGCGGGCGAGUUCGACAAGAUGGCCGGGACGAAGAGCGCCAUCAUCGUCGCGCGCACCGCCGCGGGGCGCACCGGCACGGCCAGCAACGGCUGGGUCUCGGGCCGCGGCAUCCGCGGGCACAUCGUGCAGUCCGCGGAGGCGCCGGACUUUCGGUCGCUGAUGCGCGUGGACAACGUGACGAUGAUUGGGUGGACCGGCGGCCAGUACUACGCUUUCGAGACGUGCGGGAAGUGCAAGUCGCAGCAGGGCGGCUUCCACACGUACAUGUCGAACGUGACGACGGUCCCGCCGGCGCUCGUGGACUCGACGUCCGGCACGCAGACGAUCCUGCACGGCGGGUGGGCGUGGCAGUUCCAGGGGCUGCUGUACGACGUCGACGGCACACUCCUCGGCGAGGCCGGCCGCUCGCUGCACGCGCCGAGCGGCAUCUUCCACCCGCAGGACGUCGUGUCCGCGGACCACGGCCGCUACACGAUCACCAAGGCGGGCCUCGAGGUUCGCCGUUUCAUGCUCAACGGCCACAACCCAAGCUCUCUCAGGUUCCGGGAACUCUUUAUCUCGGACGGGAACGCGACGCACCCGAAGCAGCGCGUCGGCCGCAAGCCCAUGUCGAGCUACAACGCCGGGGGCUACCAGUUCUACACGCCGGUCGGGACGUACAACGUGACGCGCGACGAGGUGUGCGGGCCGGAGGCGCUGCGCCGCGUGCCGCGGCCGUUCCGCCCGCUCGGGUUCCCGGUCAACGAGACGUGUCUGCGCGCGGGCGACCCGGUCCCGAUGCAGCGCGAGUACGACCUCUCGUGGAACAUCAUCCCCGAGGUUGGUCCCACGUCGCUCAACAUCCACACCAUCGACGACGGCCGGCGCGAGGACGACGUGUGGUUCCGCAUUCGCACGAACGAGCAGUACAACCGCUGGACGGUUUCCGGCGUGCAGUCGAGCCGCACCGCGUACCCCGAGGCCGGCGCCCCGCACCGUUCCAACCUGUACAACCGCACGCGCGACCACAGCCUCGACACCAACCUCUACGUGCUCGCGGCGGGCGACAACCGCGGCUCGAUGUCGCUGCGGUCGUUCGACUGCCCCGUGGGCGGGUGCACGGACAUCGUUGAGUCGGUCACGGACCUCCGCGAGGGCAUCCUUUACUGGUCAAACAUCACCACCUGGGAGGGUUACCUCGAGGCCGACGACGGGUCCCCGCGGUUCCCGCAGGCGGGGGACAACAUCACGAUCCCGAACGGGUGGACGCUGCGGCUGGACAUCGACGAGACGCCCGCGCUCGAGGUCCUGACCAUCUUUGGCAACUUGACGUUUGAGGACGGGGCGGACCGCACGCUGGUCGCGAACAAGAUCAUCGUCAAGGACACGGGCCACCUGCAGGUGGGGUACUCCGAGGACAGGCCGUUCGAGUUCAACGCGAAGAUCCUGCUCACCGGGAGCCGCAACGCCAUCAACUCGUUCAGCGUCACCGAGGCCUUCAAGCUGGGUGACAAGUUCCUGGCCGUGCUGAACGGAACGGUGAACUUCUACGGCCGCAAGGUCGCGAAGCGGUGGACGCAGCUCGCGCCGGGCAACUCGAUCGUCGGGAACGCGACGGGCACGGGCGGCGUGCUGCUGCGGGUGGACCCUCCUGUGCCGGAGUGGCAGGCGGCGCAGGAGGCGGCCGUGGCGCAGGGGAAGACGCUGACGGCGGUGCUGACGUCGACGUCGUGGAACCCGUACGAGGCCGAGGAGGUGGUGAUUUCCGAGAUCCGGAACAGCGGCGCCGAGGUCGUGGUGCGGGCAUCGUUGAACAACAACCACAACUCGAGCUCGACGCUGGUCGACGCGGUGCGGUUCGGGCACGAGGCGCUCCUCGAGGCGCUCGGCAACCAGACGCUGCCGAUCCGCGCGGAGCUCGGCCUGCUGGACACGGUCUCGAUCGAGGUGGCCGCGCACGACGGCGCCGCGCAGGGCAUGAUGCACCCGCCGGACCCGUACACGCCGCACGGCUUCAAGGGCGACGUGUACGGCUCGACGAUGGUCGUCGGCCCCGGCUCGGAGGUCCACAUCAAGGGCGCGAACUUCCACCACUGCGGCCAGUUUGGGUUCCAGGAGCGCGCGUGCCUGCGGGUGCACGACAACGUGCCGCGCGGGCUGCGCCGGGAGACGAUGCCGCACGCCAACACGACGAGCGUGCGCAUCGAGCUGUCGUCGUUCGACCACGUCUUCGGCGUCGCCGUGUACGUCUCGGCCAGGGCCGGCGGCGUCUGGCUGGACAACAACGUGCUCUGGGGCGGCAACGACGCCUCCACGGUGCUGCUCGUGGGCGGCCGCCGCAACUUCGUCACGAACAACCUGGCGCUCGGCUCGCACAAGAGCAGCCAGGGCAAGAGCGGCUUCGACCUCGACCUGGUCGCGAGCUUCGACGCGCAGGUGGCGGGCAACGUGCUGGUGGGCAACACGGCCGCCGGCUCGGACCGCCUCGGGUUCUACGCCGCGGGCAGCCCGUGCGUCCUGUCGGGCACGCCGUACUCGAUGUUCGCGAACAACACCGCGCGCGCCAACCUGGUCGGGCUCAUCCUGCGCCAGUCGCGCGGACGCUGCACCGCGGUGGACGGGUUCACCGCGGCGCGCAACUGGGACUUCGGCAUCCUCACGAUGCGCGGCAUCGGCGGCGAGAACGUCAUCCUGAACAACAUCAAGGUCGCCGACACCAAGCACGCGGGCAUCCUGCUCCUGAAGAAGGGCGACACGGGCGUGCAGUCGGACGGCCGGGUCACGCGCAACUCCAUCGAGUGGGACCACCAGGUCGAGCUGCGCGACUCGCUCGUGAUGGGCUACACCAGCGGCUCCGCGUGCACGCUGUGCACGUCGCGCGGGGACACGGGCUGCCACCAGUCGCUGUCGAAGCAGUCGUACAAGAACCCGCAGCAGGUCGCGUACGGGUUCCUGUCGGCGACGUUCGCCGUCGCGUUCACGCCGGGCCCGGAGAAGAAGCCGUGGGACGGCCUCAAGGGCAACCCCACGCUGCUGGGCAAGGCAACGCUCGACGGCGUGACGUUUGCGCACUUUGCCGGUGGCGACCCGGCCGACAACGCCGGCAUCGGCCUGGGCUCGUGCCCGAUUGCCUCGUACGCCAUGGCGCCACACGCCAAGGCCCCGGACGCCUUCCACCCGCACUUUUUGCGCAACAGCGCCAAGGUGCGCGUGAACAACAAGGGGAUGGUGCAGAUGAUCGAGCCGAGCCCGAAGUGGCGCGUGCUGUCGGACUGCGGCUUCGCGGACUACACGCGCCCCGACGGCAGCGUGAUCCCGCUCAACUGCGACGGCCUCAAGCACACGCACUUCCACGACCUCGACGGCACUUUCUUCGGCAUCCGCGGGUCGGUCAACGGCGCGCAGACGUCCGGCCCGCGCCCGUCGAUCGACCAGGGCACGCUCACGCCCUACCUGGGCAUGGCGCACAGCGACCCGAACUUCGACAAGCCGUCGUACGUGAGCUCGUUCACUCAGGGCGGCCCUUGCUACUGGGGCUCGGACCUCGGCGGCGGCGCGUCGCUCUGCCCCGCGGGGCACAGCCCGACGUCGGUGGCGCCGCGCGGGAAGCACGGCGACAUGCAGCUCCUCGUGAUUCACACGCUGGACCGCGACAGCGAGGACCGGAACUUCUCGCCUGUCUUCAUCAACUCGACCGGGCAGUCGGACCUCCUCGUCACGGCCAUGGACCACGGGUGGUGCUUCGCGUACACCUGCCAGAAGCGCCUGUCGUCCUUCUGGACCUUCGUGCCCAUCGGCGAGACGGUCAAGAUUGACUUCACGGGCACGCCUGGCAAGUUCAUGCGGUACUACCUGCCCUACGCGGACCCCAACGCCGAGGUCGUGCUCGAGAUCAACUACUUCGAGACGCAGCGGCGCUACCUGUGGCAGUCCCGCACCGUGCCGAACCGCCUGAGCCCGGCGACGAGCAUCCCCCAGGUGGGCGACGGCACGCCGUCGGGGACGUACUUCUGGGACCAGACGCGGACGAUCCUGUACAUGAAGCUCAAGGGCGGCGCCGAGGUCGAGGCGCGCACGGAGCGCGUGGUCACGGUGUCGCUCCGCCUGUCGCUCUCCAACCAGGCCUUCUACAACCGUCAGGGCGACGUCAUCCGCAACCUCGCGGCGCUGCUCAACAUCGAGCCCAGCCGCUUCAAGUUCGUCAACGCCGUCGCGGACCCCGGGCGCCGCCACCUGUCGCAGGACGGCAACACCGUCACCAUCGAGAUCGCCGAGAAGAGCAACACAGGCCCGAUGGAGACGGUGACGCAGCCGGGCGUGGACAACAUCUCGAGCGAGGAGGACGCGCAGAUCGCCGCGCUCCCCGAGGCCGAGCGCGAGGCCCUCCGCCAGGAGGAGCUGGCGCUGGCGACGGCGGUGACGCAGCAGGAGUCGACGGUGGAUGCCGCGGCGACGGAGGCGGCGACCUCCACCGCGGACCCUUCUGCGACGACGACGCCGCCGCCGACGACGUUCGCGGUGGUGAACUCCUCGGACGUGUCUCUGUCCAGUGCGGUGAGCAACCUGCAGACAGCCGUCGAGGACGGGUCCAUGGUGACGGCGCUGGCGACCGCGGUGGGGAUCACGAACCUCACGGUCGACGCGAACAUCGAGGUGUCGGACCCGAACCUGCUGGUCGAGGCCGGCGUGGUCAACAGCACGCAGGAGGCGGCCAACAUCACUGAGUCAGGGGGGCUGGCGGUCAAGGGCGGCACGCCGCCGCCGCCGACGACGCUGCCCCCGACCUCGGGGCCCGACGCGACGACGAUGGCGAGCACGCAGCUGCCCACGAACGUGGCCAAGGCCCCGGCGACGGCCACGCAGGCCCCGGCGACGGCCACGCAGGCCCCGGCGACGGCCACGCAGGCCCCGGCGACGGCCACGCAGGCCCCGGCGACCACGCAGCCUGCGGCGAGCACGCAGGCGGCGACGCAGGGUCCGACAGCCACGCAGGGCCCCACGGCCACGCAGGGCCCGACGUCAGCGCCCACGAUCCCCGCGUCGCAGGCGCACACGGUGGUCGUCACCAUGACGAUCAACGGGCUCACGACGUGCGACCAGGCGCAGGUCAACGCCGCUGUCGACGCCAUCGUCAACGCAAUGAACCCGAAGCCCACGGGACGCGGGCAGACCGGGUGCCAGACUGUCGGACGGCGCUCGCUCCUGAUCGCUCUGCCCGGCAAGCCGCAGACGCGCGGGCUGAUGCAGACCGGCGUCAGCCUGACGAUGAACCUCCAGUAUGCGACGGCGGCUCUGGCUUCGAGCGGCGGGUCCAGCCUGCAGGCAAUUGCCAACUCGGGUGCGCUGCUCCAGGCGCUGCAGGCGGCCGGCGUCCCGGCGACGUCGCUGGCGGUCACGUCGCUCGCAGUGCAGGCGCCGCAGACCGGCGGCAACGGCGGCCCUGCGCCUAGCGCGACGACGCCCGCGCCGACGCCCGUGCCCUUCUCGGCACCGCGGUCGGACGACGGGGGCGUCGACGCCGGGCCGAUCGCGGGCGGCGCGGUCGGCGGCGCGGUGUUCCUAGUCAUCGUGGUCGGCAUCGUUUACGUGGUGAUCAAGCGCAAGAAGCACGUGAUUCCCCGCCAGCCCACGGACGUGGAGUCGCGCAUGACGAACCUGAUGGACAGCGCUGGCGAGGGCGGGGGUUCGGAUACGAAGCCCACCGCGCCGCUGCUGUACGGCCCCUCCCAGGUGUCGGGCCGCAACACGGUUGGCCGGUUCAACGACGCGGUCACCAUGGGGCUCGCGGAGCCCGAGGCGGAACCUGCCCGGCGGCAGCAGGGGUCCGGGAUCAUGUACACCCCGGGCCGCGGCGGCCAAGCCGCGCCGCUGGUGUAG